AAUAGAACGGUGACUUUUUGCGACUUUUCUCGGGGCCCGACCUGCACGCUUUCCGUGAUUUCUCCCAUCCAUCCUCAAUCGCAGUCGCGUCCCUACGCCAACCGACCCGUUCCGAUUGCCGCUGCAUUGCCCGGUUCGUCUAUCGCUAUUGGCGAGGUAGCGCUGUGCAAGCUGCUGUCUCACACCCGGCUUCAGGUAAGGGAGGCCCUUGGGAGCUUGACGGAACAGGGGAAUCGUGAGGCGUGAAGCCCCCCGUCGAUAAUCAUGGACGACGACAACUCACAACUUCCUGAUGUCGAUGCCCUGGGCGAUGGCCAGGAUGAUGUCUCCGAUUCUGCCCAGAACAAUGCUUCCUCCUCUUCUAUUCGACGAGCUUGUGACGCUUGUCGAACCCGCAAGAUCCGUUGCGAUAGGAACUCCCCGUGUUCCCAUUGUGUACAUGCCAAAAUACCCUGCACCCACGCAGAUACACGCCCCAAGGAGAAACGCACCCGCAUCCUUCUGUCUGCCCAAUAUGAGAGAAAGAUCGAUCUCAUUGACCGCCGGCUCGAAGGGGUCACUCGUCUGCUUCAGGAGAUGAAGACUAGUAUGCCGGCUUCUAGUGGUCAGCCUGCGGCUCGGGACAAAAGCACUCCAGCUGAUAGGACAUCUCGACCAUCGGCUUCAUCGACCUCAACACCCUUUGGUCACGCAGUUCAACCUGCUUCCGAUAGCCCUGUCAUUGAGGGCGAGUCCUCGCUAGCUGCCCAUUCUGUCUUUGCUAAUGAGUUUCUCCAAAAUGCCGUUGGAACAGGCGCACUCCAGGGCGCAAGCUUGGAAAUGCGCGAGACCCUAGACUCACUCCACCACAUUGUCACUGCUCUGAAGCAGCAGCCUCCUGCCAGCGAACUGUCGUACACAUCCGCCAACCAGGUUCCUCGCCCCACACUUCCAGGGAUUCAGUUACCACCCAUUCAGAAGACCGUAGCCAUCAUUCGCCGAUCCAAAAACAAUCCAUCAGAGAUAGCGGCAUGGAUCUUUGAGGUCUGCCCUUUGGAUAGUUUCUCGGACAUCUGCCUCGGUGUUUACUUCUCUGAAGACUAUUCCGAAUCCGACUUCAUCAUCUCCAACACCGGCAUGAUGUAUCUCUUUCAAGAAUUUGGGUAUAGCAAACCCGAGGGAAAGGAGAGAGAAGAGAAUCUAUCGUAUGCUACAAUGUGCCGUGUCAAUCUCGAGACGGCCCUGAGCAAUCUGCCCCUGCAUCUACCCGCCAAUUCGGGCAUGAUCAGAGCUCUUCUUUUGGGAGCCUAUCACUCUAUCGAAAUUUCGAAACCCUCGCUUUCCUGGACCUUGACGUCAAAGGCAUCUGAACUAUGUCAGACACUCGGAUAUCAUCGAGCUUCAUCAAUGAAGAAUGACCGAUCCGAGGAUAGUGACCGGAAGCAAUAUCUCUUUUGGUCCAUGUAUUUCAUGGAUAAGAGUCUAUCACUGCGCCUAGGUCGAGCAUCGACUAUUCAAGACUGGGAUGUGUCUGUCCCCAUACCCUCGAUGGAUGACACCUAUAUUACUCCCUUGUCUGGAUUCUUUUCCAAUUGGAUCAAGACUGCCCGGUGCCAGGGGAAUAUAUAUGAGAAGCUAUACAGUCCGGACUCUGUAACUCAGCCCGCUCAUGUGCGAACAGCUCGGGUCCAAGCUAUCGCAAAGGAGCUGGAGGAUAUCAGGAUACAGACCGCUCAUGUUAGCGACGAGUGGUUGCAAAAGACUCACCAGAGCAUUGGGGGCGCAAUGGUACAAUUCAUAUCCCUUUCGGAUGACGUACUCCGUCUGUCACUCCUCACUCUUACGUAUCGAGCGAGCCCGGUUCCUGAAGGUUCUCGUACUAUCUUUGUUCCAGAGUGCACUGACGCCGCACGAGCAACGCUCCAACGGCACCAAGAGUGUAUGGCUUGUGUUGAUAACACGGAUGCCGAUGCACUGUAUUUUCCUUCAUAUGUCCACUGGACCUUGAUGUUCGCCCCCUUUAUCCCAUUCAUCGUCCUCUUCUGUCAGGUCAUCGAGACUCAGGAUGAGAAGGACCUCGCUAGUCUCCACAAUUUCAUCAAUUCCAUGGAAUCUGCCCCAACAGUCUCGGAUGCUGCGGCCAAAAUGCACCGGCUAUUCCAAGUGCUUUACACUGUAGCUCUCCGAUACGUCGAGUUUCGUACCUCGACACCGCCGGCGAACGAGACCCAGGCGAAUGCCGAACUAAACACAUACCUUGCCGCCCUAGGCUUCCCUCCCGUGGGCCCAGACAAUCGACAGCAGCAGCAUGUGGUAGGGUUGGGCCAUAACCAGGGCGAACAAGCUUUCGGGCAACAGCUAGCAGAGGGUACAAUAGAUGGAAUGCAGGGUCAACGGGGAGCGAACCCGAUGAUGUGGAUGAGCAACACGGCGCAGCUCGAAGAUUGGUUCAACAGUAAUCAGCAGAUGAUGGAGUUGAUCGAAGAGCCGACUUUCACUUUUCCUCAGUAGGGCGGGGAAAGAUAGGUAAGCAAUUGUUCACGGGAUGUAUCAUGUAUAGUAUGGGAUGGUGUAGAAAAAGGUUUGACCUGGGUAGAUAUCCGGAGUACAUAGAAAUGCGUCGAUGCACUAUAGAAUUCUCGACUUCAAUCCUUGCAUCUUGUCAUUUUAAAUAAGGAGUUGAAACAUUG